AUGGAUGUGGUAGGAGCUAUGGAGGUUUUAGUUUCAAUCCCUGGAUCUGAUACUUGUACUUAUAAUCUCAUCUUGAAUGGACUUAUUAAGAAUGGAUACUUUACUGAAGCUAUAGAUAUCUUAAAGAAAACGUUGGAUGAACAAAUGGUGUGGGAAAAAUCGACUUAUACUUGUGUAUUUAGUCUUUGUGCUCAUCUUCAAGAUCUAUACUUAGGGCAACAAGUUCACAACAAGUUGUUAAAAAGCAAUGUUGAGUUUGAUGUGUAUGUUUCUUCUUCAAUCAUCAACAUGUAUGGAAAAUGUAAAGAGAUUUCAAGUGCUAGAAAAGUUUUUAACAUGUGUAAAACUCGAAAUGUAGUUUCAUGGACAUCAAUCUUGGAUGCUUAUUCACAACAUGGGUUGUUUGAGGAGUCGUUAAAAUUAUUUCUCACCAUGCAAAAUGACGAUAUUGCCCCUAAUGAAUCUACCUUUUCUGUGUUACUCAAUGCUAGUGGUGGAUUAGCCUCUAUAGGAUAUGGACACUCGUUACAUGGACUUAUAAAGAAAACAGGUUUCAUAAGUCAUACGAAUGUUACAAAUGCUUUAAUUCAUAUGUACUCAAGAAUAGGUGACAUUAAAUCUUCAGAAAAGAUAUUUCUAAGUAUGAUUUCUCGUGAUAUUAUAACAUGGAAUACAAUGAUAUGUGGGUAUUCCCAUCAUGGUUUUGGUAAAAAGUCAUUGAAUUUAUUUCAAGAAAUGUUGAAAUCGGGUCAAGAUCCUAAUCAAGUGACUUUUGUUGGUGUUCUUAUUGCUUGUGAACAUUUAGGGCUUGUAGAACAAGGGUUUUACUAUUUGAAAAAGUUAAUGAAACAAAAGGGUGUGGACCCUACUUUAGAACACUAUACUUGCAUAGUUGGACUUUUAAGCAAAUUAGGACGAUUAAAUGAAGCUUUCGAUUUCAUGUUAUCAACAAACAUCAAAUGGGACACAAUUGCUUGGAGAACACUUCUUAGUGCAUGUAACGUUCAUAGAAAUUACACUUUAGGUGAAAAAGUUGGAGACUUUAUUAUAAAUUUGGACCCUAAAGAUGAAGGGACAUAUACCCUUUUGUCGAAUAUUCAUGCUAAGGGUAGAAACUUUAGUGGGGUUACAAAGGUUCGUGAAUUAAUGAAAAAAAGGAAAAUAAAAAAAGAACCCGGGUUGAGUUGGUUGGAGAUAAAGAAUGAAACGCAUGUGUUUGUUUCGGGUGAUAAGAAACAUCCGGAGUUUAUUGACAUUCUUGAAAAGUUGAAGGAGUUGUUUUGUAAAAUUAAGGAAAUUGGGUAUGUGGUUGAUACGGGUGAUGUGUUGCAUGAUGUUGAAGAUGAACAAAAGGAGGAUUAUAUUGGGUUUCAUAGUGAGAAGCUUGCCGUUGCUUAUGCUUUAUUGAAAACACAUGAAGAGGUGCCAAUUCGUAUUAUAAAGAAUUUGAGGAUUUGUGAUGAUUGUCAUUGUGUGAUGAAAUUAAUCUCAAAAGUUACGAAGAGGGUGAUUGUGGUAAGAGAUGUUAAGAAAUUUCAUCAUUUUGAAGAUGGAAGUUGCUCGUGUGGAGAUUAUUGGUGACAAAUGAGCAUUUUUGGGUGAUAUAGUUCUAUGAUUAUGAUUAGUUUAAUUGAUGUGUAUAAAUCUUGUUUUAGUCUUUCUAAUAUUAUUAGUAGUUUGCGUAGUUUCUGUUCAUG